AGGAUGAGGAUGCUGCGGAGGGGAAGGAGGGAGCUGCCGGAUCUUCCUGGUCCGCCCCUCAUGUGGCUGUGACGGCAGAGGGACGCAGGGCUCACGGCGGGCUCCUCCUCCUCCCCACGCCGAACUGCAGAAACGAAAGUGGAGCCUCCGGCCCAGCGCUCCGAGAUGCCCGGCAGCCCCGAAGCCUCCCGGACCCCCGGGCCCCAAGAAGAUGGCUCUGCUGCCCCUAAGGAGCCGGGGGCCGCACCAGGACCCUCCCAGUGCCCUGCUUCCUCUGAGUCACUGGGGGAGGACGACUUCCAGUUCGUGCUGUGUGAGGGAUGCCGGCAGGAAUCAACCAACCUGAAGCUGCUCACCUGCCUGCACACGCUGUGCCUGGACUGCCUGACAGAGAACAAACCCAUGGGGCAAUGCCCCGUGUGCCAGGCUCCCAUCCCGCAGCCCGAUGGCAUCCCCGACGUGGACAACAUGCUGUUCAGCAGCCUGCAGGCUCGUCUGCGUGUCUACAGGAGGAUCAGCAGUGGGGGGCUGAGCUGCAGCCGGUGCAGGAGGGAGGCAGCAGCCAUGUGGUGCUCGGAGUGUGAGGAGUUCCUGUGCACGGGUUGCUUUGAGGACCACCAGUGGUUCUUUAAGAAGAGGAGCCACGAAGCCAGGAAGGUGGAGGAGCUGAGGGCUGAGUCGGCUCAUCGCUUCCUGGAGGGCACCAAGAAGUCAUGCAGCCUCUUCUGCUCCAGCCCUGGGCACACGGAGCAGGGCCACGUCACCAGCAUCUUCUGUAGGAAGUGUGAGAAGCCGCUGUGCUGCUCCUGCGCUCUGCUGGACACCCAGCACUCACCUUUCUACUGCGACAUCCGCACCGAGAUCCAGCGGCGGCAGGACGAGCUGGCAGCGCUGGGGCAGGAGCUGGAGCAACGGAGGGGCGGCUUCGAGGCAUCGCAGGCGGCGCUGCAGAAGGAGAUGGAGCGGCUGGAAGAGGCGGGGAGCACGGUGCGGGAGCUGGUGAAGCAGCGCGUGGAGCGGCUGGUGAGGCUGAUCCGGCACCAGGAGCAGGAGCUGCUGGCGCUGGUGGAACAGAGGCAGGAGAGGGGCAGGAAGGAGCUGGAGGGGGAGCUGCGGAGCGUGGAUGCCGUGCUGCGGAGGAUGGAGGCAGGCAAGAGGUUGGUGGAGAAGAUGGGCCUCUAUGCCACGGAGCAGGAGGUGAUGGACAUGCAGCCCUUCGUCAAGGAUGCGCUGGAGGAGCUGCAGCGGCAGUGCCCGGCGGUGGAUGGGGAGCUGGUGCUGCAUGAGGACUUUGCUGAGUGCCAUGCCAGGCUGCGGGUGCUGACUGAGUGCAUCGAGGGGCUGCAAGGCUGCAGCCCUGCCCUCUCUCUUGCAGGUGGCACUUCCCAGCCGGUCCCCGUGGUGGAAGUGGCCCUGGAGAACAACCUGCAGGAGGAGCCCCAGCCACACAGCAGCCAGGAUAUUGUGCCCACCUUCACCAUCAACCUCACCGAGAUGAGGAUGAGCUCAGUGUCCAAAGCAACCGCGCAGUCCAAGCGGUGCCUGUCUCACAUGGAGAGGAGUUGCCAGAUCUCACCCAAGCUGCUGAAGCUGGAGCAGGAUGAUGGUGAGCCCAGCUCAAAACAGUGGGAUGGCAGAGGGGGGCCCAGCACCUCCACACAGAGCCACAACGGCUGCGUGCCCCCCUCCAAAGCCAGCAGGAGCCGCACUCGGGAUGCAGAGGAUGGCAGCAUCAUCAUCAGCUCGGAGGACAGUGAGGAGGACAUGGACUUCACUGCUUGCUGAACAGCAACCCCAUCUCCCUCUUCUCCGAAAGGCAGCAAACCCCCACCUAGAUUUGCCUGGAGGGCCCACGUGGCAGCAUCCCCAGGGUCAAAGGGGACAUAGGGGCUGUUCCACCUGGGCAUAGGGGACAGCUCAGAAUGUAGGAGCCUGAAACUGUCCCAGGUAUCACCUUCCAGCAGUUCUUCAUCAGGACUGCCUCUGCAAUAUGGAGGUGGAUAUGGAGGCUACUCCCUUUUAAAGACUUUUCUUCCUUUAUAAGCUCCAGGCUGUGCUCUGAUAACACAAACCUCACUCUGCUGCAGGGAGGGCUGCUCACACCAUUGCUGGUAGCGCUUUCAUAGUCUCAUAGUCUCGUGCGGGUUGGAAGGGACCUUAGAGAUCAUCGAGUCCAACCCCCGGAAUUCGAGCCUCUGUGCACAGAGCGGCACUUCUACCACUUGUGCCACAGGGGGAUUCGAGCUCCGGGCCCCAGUGUUGCAAGGCGACAUUGCUACCACUGCGCCACCGGGGCACACUUUCUUCCACAGGACACUGAUACUCGAGCUCCUCUGCUCCCCAUUCUGAUAGCGGUUGUCCCAGAGCUCCCUGGCAAGAUUAUUUCCAGCUGGGGGAAAAAAAAAACACCCAGUUUUCUUAUGAAAUUCUUAUCUGCACAUUCCAGUGCUGCAGCCCAGCAGCCAGGCAGAGGGUUGUGAGAUGGGAUCACUGCUGGGGUGGCCCCACCAGCAGCAUCCCCGCUGGCUGGCUGAGCACCCGGCAGCGUUUUUAGUAUCAACUCCUCCCGCAGAAGUUUCUUUGUAUUCAAUAAAGGCGUUUCCAAGUCAAA